UUCCUGGGCAGCUCCCAAGGGACCCAGGGCCCUCCUCCGGCGGCUCCCACAGCCCGACCACUGGCAGAGGCACAACGGCUGCAGCGGUUGCUGGCCCCACAGCGAUGCCGAGGGAGGCUGGAGAAGACACCGCGGUGAAGGCAGACACCUCUCCCCCCAGGGAGCCCAUCGACCUCAAUGGCAACGACCUGGCAGAGAUCAACCUGCACUCGGUGGACUCCAUCAGCGACCUGUACUGGGUGUCUGGGGGCCACAAGGCUGCGGAGGGGAAUGGCCUGUCUCAGUCCACCACCCCACAGACCCCUCAGGCCCACUCCACCCAGCGCCGUAUGGCUGGGCCAGCCCUCCUGCCGACAUUGCGAGCCGUCCGCACCACCCCCAUCUGCCCCUGCUUCCGCCCUGCCUGCUGCCGCACAGCCCUCUUCGCCCUGCUCGGGGGCCUGGUGCUGGCCAGCCUCGCCCUCGCCACGCUGGCCGUGUACCUGAGCGUCCUGCAGAGUGAGUCACUGCGAGUCCUGUCCCAGUGGCUGGAGGCCCAGGAGGAGUCCGUGCGGCAGAUGAAGGCCACAAGCCUGCAGCUGUGGAAGCGGUUGAAUGUCAGCGAGGCCAGGGACUAG